CAUUUUAAGCAAUAUAAGAUGGAAUUGUGCAUUUUCCGAUUGGACUGUUUAAAAUUUAGAGAUCUAUUUAACAGGGAAUACAGAUACCUAUUCAAAUAGUUUUGUUUAUCUUGUUUUAUCUACAGACAGCAACUUGGAAAUCUGCAAGACAUGGAUACAAAACAUGUUUUAGCAUUCUGGAAGCUGUCAUUAGUGACUGGACUUGUAUUGAUUGGAGGGCGUGGCGGAGUUAUAGAAGUUAAUCCGUGUGAACAGCAAUCGUGUUUAAGAAUGGAACCUGUGACUGUAAAUUUGUCUGUUUCAGAAGUGAAGAUCUAUCUCCCUUGCAGGUUAUUCAUCCCAUUCGAGUCGAAUUGUACACCGCCGUCGAAUAUUACUCGUUUAGUAUUCGUUGGAGACGCGACCGUACAAGGUGCCCAAGUGUUGGUUCUAGGUGUAGGAAGUUUUGACUGGGCUGAAACGCUCGAAGAACUCCACUUCGAUAAUAUCAUUCAAGUGUAUAUUGAAUGCGGUUCUUUCCGGGGACUAACGAAUCUUCGAGUCCUGAACAUGAGCGGAUGUACUAGUGUAAAGUUUUCUCAUUUUUUAAAUGCAGUUCAGUGUUCUGCACUUCUAAAUCUAGAAGUUUUACAAUUGAGUACAGCAGGAAACCUGGCCCCUAACGAUCAUUUUGCGCUUGACGAAUCGUUAUGGAAAGCCUUAGCUUCGACGAAGCUUAGGUAUCUUGAUCUAUCUGAUACGGUAAUUGCGAAAAGUAAUCUUUCCAAAGUAUUUUUCUAUUUACCGCACUUGCAAUUCUUAAAUAUUUCAAAUAUUCAAAUUGGUAAUAGGACCAAGAACGAUUUUCAGAUAAGUGAUAAUUACAAACCAAGUCUAGAAAUACUCGACAUGAGUCGCUUUUAUGCAGAUAAAUCCACUAUACAAAACAGAAUAUUCUGCUUAGUUUCCUGGUUACGUAAUUCUCAACCAAGAGCAUAUAAUUUAAGUGAAACAUGGUUAUUUAAAUCUUUAAAGACAUUGAUGUUUAACAAUAUGUGUGGAGAUAUAAAGGGCAGAAAUUUUGAACAAGUAAGAAAUAUUACUCUCUCAGGUCAAUCUGUCUUACAAAACCUUUAUUUGCACCAAAAUCAUUGGCCCAUCGUUGACAUAGAGGUCAAUUUAGAAGCUUUCAGUCAACUACAAUUGCUAGAUCUGUCAGAAAACGGAAUUGAAUAUCUGAACGACAAAGCGUUUUCAAGUUUACUGGGUUUGAAAACCUUUUUGCUUGCCGAUAACCAGCUCGGAAAAAUGGCCCACACGCAUGCUGGCAUGUUUGCUCAGUUGUUUGCUAAAUAUUCUAACCUGUCUCUUUUGGAUCUUUCGCAUAAUAAUAUUGACACAAUUCCACAUGACUUAUUUAUAAGCAAUCCCCUCCUGUUACAUAUUGACCUUUCUCAAAACAGGCUCACUGAAGUAACCUUUAAGUGUGAUCACCUAAAAGCACUUCAAGUAUUAAAUUUACGCGGAAAUAUGUUGGCAAUGUUGGAUAUAACAACUAAAGCUACAUUCCAUAACUUACAACAUGGCACAUUUGUUAAAAUUAGUGAAAACACUUUUACAUGCUCUUCAUGUAGAGAUUAUGGUACUAUAGAAUGGCUUACAAUACAUGAUAAAAUUCUUGAUUUUGAUCAUCUGCAAUGCCGAAAUAUAAACGGGAACUUGGUUUAUGUUACUUCAACAAUUAAAAAAGAAUUAAAGGAUGUAUGCGAAAAACCUUUGCAAAUUAGAAUUAAAAUAUGUGUGGCUGUUAGUAUAACAACGUUAUGUUGUGUGAUUGGGAUUGCUUUCGCAUACAUCAUAAUAAGAAGGCGAAAACACAAGAGGCAAACACGUCAGAGAUUAGAUACCAUCACCAAACUUCUGGACGGCCGGCUAGAGUUCCUAGUUUUCCUCCAAUAUUCAAGUAAAGAUGAACACUUCGUGCACGCCAAUGUGUACGCACAGCUAGACUAUCAUCUACGUAGAUUGGUUCCAUUAAACAAAGACCUGAUUUCGUUCGGCGAUAAAGAUUUCAGGGUCGGCAAAAGCAUUUUGGACGAGACAAUAAGAUGUACCAAGUCAUCAGCAGCUGUUGUGCUACUUUUAACGGACAAUUUUGUAAAUAGCGAGUAUUGCUUAAAUGAAUUCGACGUUGCAUUUCGUGUAGGAAAGCCUAUUAUUCUGAUGCUGAAAGGUGAAGUGGACAUGACACGUGCUCCGCCUGUCAUUCGAGACCUCUUCCACACGUACGUGCGGGUCCUGUGGAAAUGUGACGACAAUGGGGAGUACAUUCUGACAACCAGCUGGGAGAACGUGUGUCACGCAAUACUGGAGUCAAGAUAAAGAAGAUAAACCCUCUGAAGUGUGAACUUGCAAAUACUAUUGUAUAUUAGACGUAAAACAGUUUCAAUUUUUUAUUUACUAGUAAAUAAUUCAAGAACAAAAACCAGUUUUAAUACUUGAAGACAUUUACAUCGUGGGAACGGAAUAUUGGUUUUGAUAAAUAUUUGUUUUCGCUGCGUUCAAUUCAUCACGAUUCCCAAAACAUGUGCGUUGUUGUUUUUGAUGAUCAUCAUAAUUUAUAUCACACUAAUUUUCGUAAUUUCCUCGGUAUAACUAACCAAUGUCACCACGAUUUAUGUUGUAUAUGAAUGUCGGCAUUACAGUAUUUUCAUUUAUGAGAGAACACAUUUCUUGAUAUAUCGUUUAACAUAAAGAACUAAAAUAAUUAACAAAAUUUUUAUUCAAUAAUAAGGUUUGUCAUGCUUUUAAAAGCGAAAUUAUUUGUUGUAAAAAUCAUCUAUGAAAACCUUAUAUUAUAAAUAUGUAUUGUUUAAAAUAAAACAAUUAAGUGCACAUUGUGAUAUUUUGUUCUUGCAUUUCCUUCAUCGCCAAUUUC